AACGGGAGACCGAGAAGAGUUGGUCGCUCGGUGGUCUACGGGCUCGAUUACUUCGCGCGACGAUCUUUACUUUCUUUCUCCUUCGGAUUUGUUCGGUGAUCAUCGGAUCAAUCAUGGCGACCGAUGACCGGAAGUUGGAGCCGGGGGGUGACGACGUCGCAUACAAAACGAAGGUCGUCCAGUUCCUCGGCCGCUCCACGCCAAUCGUGCUCCAAAACGACAACGGUCCCUGCCCGCUCCUUGCCAUCUGCAACGUUCUGCUGCUUCGGAAUAGCAUUAAUCUGAGCUUGGACGCACCGGAAGUGCCGCUGCAGAAGUUGCUUUCUCUUGUGGCGGGGAGACUAAUUGAUUCUAACUGCAGCUUGCAGGACAAGGACGAUGGAUAUCUUAUCAACCAACAACAGAACAUUGCGGAUGCUAUUGAUCUUCUCCCUAGGCUUGCCACUGGGAUUGACGUGAACGUGCAAUUCAGAAAGAUUAAUGAUUUUGAGUUUACGCGUGAAUGCGCCAUAUUUGAUCUCCUAGAUAUUGGACUUUAUCACGGUUGGAUAGUUGAUCCACAGGAUUCUGAUACUGCUGCGGCAAUUGGGUCCAAAUCAUACAAUGCACUUGCUGGAGACCUGGUUUCUUUUGAAGCGGGAAAGUCAGAUAUAGAAAAUAAGAAAUUGUCUCACAAUGAUUCUGUUGAUUUUGUCGCUGCAACCACUGCAACGUUAGGAGUGCCAUCACCCUCACUUUCAAGAAGCAUAUCUUUUGAUUAUUGCCAGGAGUCAUUGCCUGCGGAUCAAAGAAAAGGUAAAGGUGAUAAAGAAGAGGAAGAGGAGCUGAUGAGGAUCUUGAAUUUGUCAAGAGCUGAUGUGUUAAGUCCUAGUGAUUCUAUUCCUGCAGUUCCUCACAGUCCAGAUGGAACUACACCUUUUGCAUUUGAAAACUCUUCUGUUUCAAGUGUGCAGCAUAGUGUGGAUGAUUCUGAAAAUUUUGAUCUGUCGGAUAAAACUGUGCCUUUAGAAUGUGAUGGAUCUAGUGAUUGCAACAAUAAUAUAUUACACAAUCAUGUUAUUUUAGGAGAUGAUGAUGCUUUACCUUUCAAUGGAAAUUGUGGAAGUAAUGCAGAGCAGAGAAAUCCUGUUGUUUCUGUUUAUUCUUCCAUUUCAAGUGAUAUGAAAAACAAUAUAAACGAAGUUCCAUUAAUUUGGUCUACAGAGGCUGAUGUUUCUGAUGGAUCUUCUACUUACAAAGAGGGAGCUUGCCUUUCAGGGGACAAUCGAUCGCCUUUGCUGACAUCGGCAGAAGAUUCAGUGACACCUCAGCUUCAAAAAACGACUGAUGAUGGUGCUAAACACUGUGUGCCAAAAGAUCUUGUUGAUUCAGCUGCACAGCAUCCAAAUUUUCAACCCUCACUUGAAACGAAGGAACCUUUGGAUGUUGCUGAGGUUGUUUGUAGUCUAUCAAUUGGUGAACCUAUAUAUGAAGGAGAAGACCACAUUAUUGAAUCUAGGCUAUCAGAUUAUGAGGAUCAAGAGCCAAUCUAUGAAGGUGAGAUGGUUCUUGCUGAACAGGCUAUGAUAGCUGGUGAAGAAGCAAGUUCUAUACAUUUGAACGAUCAAGUUACUGGGCGGCAAUGUCAAUUGAUUAAGAACUUCCUGGAAGGUACAGCAAGCCAAUUGACAAUCUAUGGCCUAUUUUGCUUGCAAGAAGGUUUGAAGGAAAGAGAACUCUGCGUCUUUUUUCGUAACAACCAUUUUAGCACCAUGUUUAAGUUCAAUGGAGAGCUUUAUUUGUUGGUUACGGAUCAAGGUUACAUGAACCAACCUGAUGUAGUGUGGGAAAAGUUGAAUGAGGUGAAUGGAGAUACAGUUUUUAUGACAGGCAAUUUUACACAGUUCAACCCUGAUAAUCAAGCCAAUGACUCAUGGAAUGAGCAGAAUGCUAUCAAUAACACCACUGAUUAUCUAGCUACACUUGAAGGAUCGACGCCAUCAAAUUCAUCUUUCAAUUCUGAUCUUCAACUAGCAAUAGCCCUUCAGCAACAAGAGUUUGAGCAACAACCCCAACAAAAUCAACCUCAGCAACAACCGCAAAGUACGCAACAGUCAUCUGUAAGUGGCCGUUCAAAGCUUGUCACGGGUCCUCAGGUACCUAGGAACACCAAUUUGACGCAGAAAAGUGAAUCAAAACUGAAAGAAAAAUGUGCCAUAAUGUAAAUAAAGGUUU